AACAAACAAGAAAUCUCGAAGCAGAAUCCAGAGAAUCUCGCCAAUCAGGAGCAUCGUUUGAAGAGCGAAACGAAUUUAAUGGCAUCACCAUCACCAGAAUAUUGCGAUACAGCCAGCCAGACAGAAUGGACAGGUGGUUGGGAGCCGUGCUAUCUAACGUGUGACCAAAAAGGAAUGUUGCAAUCGUCCAAUCAGAUGCAGCUAGUCGAUUGUGACGUAGGAGCCGAAGAUGAGGUGGAAGAAAGCUGUGACGUCGAAUAUGAGGAGAUUCUAUUGAAACGUACUUGUUACAACGAACGGUUGGGACUAACUUUAUGUUACAGAAAUCCAGAAGAUGCAGAAACGGAUAUAUUUAUUAGUGAGAUAGAAGAUUCUGGUAUAGCUGGAAAGGAUGGACGCUUGCAAGAAGGUGAUCAAUUAUUACAGAUAAAUGGAAUUGAAGUGUAUAGCAGAGAUCAAGCCAUUAAUCUGUUCUCAGAAAAAAGAACCGAUUUUACUCUUGUGGUGGCAAGGUCUAAUACACAAGCAGAAGAUAUACCUUCAGUUUAUAUCCACGAAGAUGGAAGAGCAAGUCGUGUGGACGAGAGGUUUCGAUACGCGAAUAUUCCAGAAAAUUUUCACAAAUGUGCAAGUACGAGUACAAGCAGCUUGGUAGAUGCACCAUCUACAAACACUCACAACGAUACAGACGCGCUGACCCAAGGAAUAGACACUUUACAGAUUCGUUCGCCCGAUAGCCCAACAUUAUCCGAACGCACUUGUUACGUCACCGGUAGUUCACAAAAGACAUUAACAGAUUUGAAUCACGAGAUAAAUGGAGGCAACAAGCGAUCCACAGAUAAUUUCCGCAUCAGGCAAGUGGAAGAAUGGGUGAUGAACAUACGAGAGGAACGAUUCCGUAAAUCAGACAAAAGGUGUACGGAAUAUACAGUCGACAAAAGCACACAGUUGCCGACAACAGAUUGCAGUAGUCCAUAUCCGUCCACCACAAUGUAUACGAACCCAGCCCAUUUGGAACACACCAUGUGGAUCCAGCAGCAACUCUUGCGCCAAUCGUUGGCCAAGCAGACAUGGAAGACGUGUGUACCCAUGUCAAGCCGAAUGCCAGAUCACGCAACAGCAUCACCCGAGUAUCAAGUAGAAUGGAAGGUAAAGAAACGUUCAGAUGGUAGCAGGUAUAUAACACGCAGGCCCGUUAGAAAUCGCCUGUUGAAGGAAAGGGCAUUGCAGAUUAUGGAAGAAAGAUGCGGCCAGACAACCGACGAUGAUGUUAUGAGCGAACUUAAAACGGGAAAAUACUGGACAAAAGAAGAAAGAAAAAGACAUUUGGAGAAAUCCAGAGAGAGGAAGAAGAGAGCUGUGAUGAUGAGAACUAAAAUGAACAGUGUACGAGAGGAACAGGAAGAACAGGAAGUAUCUCCUCAUAGAAAGAAUAAAAAGUCACCCGUCCAAUAUUUGGUGCCAAGCGGUCGUAAACAAUUUGGUUUGUUGUCGGUAACCACUGUAUAAUUACAGCUCAAAUUAUAUUUUCCAUACAUGCCAAUCGAAGAAAAACAUUAACAUCGAUAUUAAAGACAGCGAAUGUUCAUCCCGUGUAGUCACGUGCCUGCAUCACUCAAAGAUAAAUUAAAUCCUAAAUUUUAUAUUUAAAAAAUAAAUAAAUACAACGAUAAAUAAAUUGGAUGAAAAUAAAUUAAGAAAAUUAUAUUAAAAUAAUGCCCAAAAUUUUCAAUCGAAGUCAUCAAAAUUGUAAACGCGAGAACCGUUGGAUGAUCCACUUUGUAAUUGACAAUGUUGCAGCUUAUGGACUCUUGUGAUAGGCUCAUAACGAUUUCUCUUUUUAAAAUGGUGCAGAUAAUCGUUUAUAACGGAAAUAUUUUCAAAAUUAGCCAAAUAUUUAUAAUGUUUUAAGUGCAAUAAUGCAUAGAAAAGAAUAUCCGAAGAAUUGUUUUUUGUGUACGAGUCGACAAACAGAAUGCAUUUUUUUUCUACUAAAAACCUAAAAUUCCUAGAGAUUAUUGUUCACAAUGGUGAUAGAAUAUUGUAAUAAACCGAAUUUCUUUUUCUGGGUGUUUAUAUUCAUUAAUUCAAAAUUUAUAUAUAUGAAUAUAUAAAUUAUAUAUAUUUAUAUAUAGGAUCUACUAUAUUUGUAUUGGGAAAAGUUGAUAUUUGUGAGAAGAAGAAGGGGAAAAUAUUGUUGUACUUCUCGAUGUAUGUUAUUUGUGUAGUUUUGUUACU